AUGCCUUAUUCCGAAGAAUACAUCAAAGACAAACUGGUGAAAGAACUGGAAGCUUCGUACGUGGAGGUCGUAGACGAAUCGGACGGUUGCGGAGGGAAAUUCGCUUGCGUGAUAGUAUCGGAAAAGUUCAAAGGAAAACCCUUAUUGGCCAGGCACAGUUCUACUAGUUCUUCUAAUCAGUUCUACAGUUCUAAGAUGGUUCUAAACUGUUUCAAAUGGUAG